AACUUCAAAAAAAUAAAUUCUAGCAAUAAUUAAUUCUAUAUACAUAAGUCGUGAUACAGGUAUAAACUACAAAAAUUAUUAAUAUUGCCAGCGAGUAAAUGUAAAAACCAAACACUCCAUUGUUUAAAUUCAUGGAAUACUACAAAUUUUUACACUGGAGGAAGUGUGUUAACGCCCCGUAUAUACAGGUGCAUUAGCUGACGUGAACCAAUCAGAGUUGGCCAUGUUAGGUCUUCAAAUUAUCAUCGCAGUACACGCAUAUUUCGUCUGCCUGCCUCGUCAACACACAUCAAUACCCCGCAUAUAAACCACAGACAUUGUGCGCGCUACAAUUCAUUUUACAUGUUACAUUUAGCAUUCACAAAACCCUCCCGCAAAGAAUGGCUGUAACCUCAUUCGUUUACUGCUGCCUGCUUGUUUCGCUCCUCGCCGGAUCAGCACUCGGCGACGCUUGCAAGGGUUGCCUCAACUUUGACGAAGACAGCUUCAGGAAAGUCGUGCCGAAGUUCAAGUAUUCACUCAUCAAGUUCGACAUCGCAUAUCCGUACGGUCCAAAACACGAUGCGUUCGUCCAGUUUGCAGAGACGCUCACCGACAUGCAAGACCUCAUCGUCGCUGAUGUCGGUAUCAAAGACUACGGCCAGAAGGAUAACGAAGACUUCGCCAAGGCGCAGAAAGUAGACACAACCAAACUGCCUGUGAUUAAAUUAUAUAAAGGUAUUAAAGAGUCAAUUGCAUUCACUGAUGAUGAAAUUACCAUUGAAAAGCUAAGGGAGUUUGUUCUGGAGAAUUCUGAUGUUCAUCUCACACUGCCAGGAUGUGUAGAGGCUCUUGACAAGCUUGCAAUUAAGUUUACACAGAGUAAAGAUGCUGAUAGGAAACAGUACCUGAAAGAAGUAGAAAAAUAUCUGACUGAGACUGAUAAUGAGGUGAAAGCAAAGCAGGUAUACUCACUGUACAUGAAGAAGCUGCUAGAAGAUGAAGACUUUGUUGGCAAGGAACAGAAGAGACUGAAGAAGAUACUCACUGAGGGCCAGUUGGCUGAGGCAAAGAAGCAAAUUCUGCAAAAUAAAAUCAACAUUUUGUAUGCAUUCGAAGACAAGACAAAUAAGUUUACAAAGAGAAAAGAGGAUUUAUAAUCAUGCUACACUUAGUAUUUUUGUGCAGAAACACACAAGUUAAAGUUAUUUUUAUGUUUCUAUUAUGAGAUUUGUACCGUAGAUAAAUAUCAUAUUUAAAACAAACUAAAA